CCCUGCCGUAGGAUUUGAAAGUGGGCGUGAUAUCCGGGUCAUGCCCCUCUGUUUCCCUGGUUCUCUGGUGGUGGCGGCGGCGGCGGUUGGGGAUUUGAAAAGGUCGUUCUCCCAUUCACCAUGUCCCUCGCUGACGAGCUCCUGGCCGACCUGGAGGAGGCUGCCGAGGAAGAUGAGGAGAGUUUCGCUGACGAGGAGGAUGAGGAGACCAUCGAAGUGGUGGAGGAGGAGAUGCAGCUGGACCUGGGGGUCGACUCUGUCAAGAGCAUCGCGAAACUCCGCGACAGCAAGCUGUUCGCGGAGAUCAUCACCAAGAUGGGAGACUACAUCGGGAAGCAGCGGAAGUCUUCGGAAGUGACAGGACCCGUGGAAUCCGAUCCUGAAUACAAACUCAUCGUCGAUGCAAACAACCUGACAGUGGAGAUUGACAAUGAGAUCAAUAUCAUUCACAAAUAUGUCAGAGAUAAAUACUCGAAGCGGUUUCCAGAGCUGGAAUCACUGGUUCCCAAUGCACUGGACUAUAUCCGGACUGUGAAGGAACUUGGCAACAACCUUGAUCGCUGCAAGAAUAACGAGAACCUUCAGCAGAUCCUCACAAACGCCACCAUCAUGGUGGUCAGUGUGACGGCCUCCACCACACAGGGACAGACGCUGUCUGAAGAGGAGCUCGGCGUCAUCAUGGAGGCGUGUGACAUGGCCCUGGAACUGAACCAGUCAAAGCACCAGAUCUACGACUAUGUGGAGUCCCGAAUGUCGUUCACCGCCCCCAACCUCUCCAUCAUCGUCGGAGCUUCGACAGCAGCGAAGAUCAUGGGAAUAGCGGGAGGUCUCACCAACCUGUCAAAAAUGCCUGCCUGUAACAUCAUGUUGCUGGGUUCCCAGCGCAGGAACCUCUUCGUGUUGUCCAGUGCCUCGGUGCUGCCUCACACGGGCUACAUCUACCACAGUGAGAUCGUUCAGUCGCUGCCUCAGGAUCUCCGUAAAAAGGCGGCCCGCCUGGUGGCUGCGAAGUGCACGCUGGCGGCCCGUGUGGACAGCUUCCAUGAGAGUGCUGAGGGGAAGGUGGGUUAUGACCUGAAGGAGGAGAUCGAACGGAAAUUCGACAAGUGGCAGGAACCACCUCCAGUCAAACAGGUGAAGCCCCUGCCUGCGCCGCUGGACAGUCAGCGCAAGAAGCGAGGAGGACGGAGGUAUCGCAAGAUGAAGGAGAGACUGGGCCUGACAGAGAUCCGAAAACAGGCCAACCGCAUGUGCUUUGGAGAGAUCGAAGAGGAUGCCUAUCAGGAAGAUCUGGGCUUCAGCCUGGGGACGCUGGGCAAAUCGGGCAGUGGUAGAGUGAGGGCGGCACAAGCCAACGAAGUGACCAAGGCCAGAAUCUCCAAAUCACUGCAGCGAACGCUCCAGAAACAAAGCAUGGUUUACGGUGGAAAAUCAACAAUUCGCGAUCGAUCAUCUGGGACAGCUUCAAGUGUGGCUUUCACCCCACUUCAGGGCCUGGAGAUCGUGAACCCCCAGGCGGCGGAGAAGAAAGUGGCUGAAGCCAAUCAGAAAUAUUUCUCCAACAUGGCGGAGUUCCUGAAGGUGAAGAGAGAAAAGGAGGAGAAACUGCAGCUGUUCUGAUGGCGGGAGGAGCAGGAAGGUGCCCGGUGGGUGAGUGUGUCUGAGGAGAGGGAGGCUCAGACACUCUCGCACUCACACCGCCAUGGACUGGUACACGCCCCCCCCACCCUCCAGGGGUUGGCUGUACACAGCGUGGGGCUGUCACAGCCCCAGCUUUCUAUUUAUCGCAAAGCUCAAUAAACUGUUCAUACACCAUG